CUCGCCAUAUUUGCGUGGGACCACGGCGUCGUGACCCGCACGGCGAAGGGGUUCUUGCUCCUGUCCGUGUUUUUCUUCGUGUUGAUUGUGCCACUGAAUUAUCUUGCGUCGAGCGAGAUUGGGUUGCAUCCGAGAGUCGUGCAGCAGGGAAUUUCGGCGAGGGAGGAGUUGCGUCGGAGGGGUUCGUUCUGAAAUAAACCACUCUCUGUGACCGACUAUUUAGGAGAGGAGGAGAACAGAAGAGGGGCUAUGCAAUAUGAUAAUCGGGGAUGGACUCUUGCGUGUGUUCUGGCCGAAUGAUUUACCGCGCUCGUCCGAACCAGGCGUUAUUGUGGGCUGGCGUAAUUCGGAUUACGAUCUUUUCGUCAUAACCGUGCUGGAACAUGUCGAGUAUAAAAACGUCGAAAAUGCUUUGCGAACUAACAUCUUGUUCCGCAACUGCCCACAUCCAAUGGCGCAGCUGUUCAUGCUAUGCGGAAAGUCCGCGAUGCAUGUUUUGGGCACUACAAACCCGCCGCAGUCGCCGGCUACGUUCAAUGCAGGUCACUUAUCAGUAGUUACGAGUCCGUCGUUUAAGAUUCCACGCAUAUUCUGUCCACCGGAAGCAAAUGUUUCGGUGCAAGUCAUCAUGUUUAAUCGUCCGCAUCCAACACGCAUGCAAUACAUGUCAUUAAACCCGAUUUCGUUGGCUCUGGCUGAUAAGCAGGCUAGUGAUAAGAAAGAUGGUUCGCUUGCGGGGACAGACACGGGUGAAGAAAUCGAAAAAGCACGGUCUAAAAAACUGAUUGAAAAACUGAAAUGGCAUACAGUGGUUCGACACGUCCCUUCUCAAAAAGAACUUGCUCUCCCGACGAUUCUGAACCAAGUGAAUUGUGCCUUUGAAGUGGGACAACUCAUUGAAAAGAACAGCAAGCUGAUUGGCACUCGUCCGAAACGAAGCAUGAGUGUGAGCGAGCGUGUCGUUGAGUCUGCGACAACACUGUGGGAUUUCUUUGUUUUAGGGUUUGCCCACGUCUUCUGGCAGUGGCUGUGGCCGGUUGUGACGAAAUGUUUUGUACUUGGCUUGGUUUGCCAUCGGGCUAUUGCCGAGAUAGUGCUGCGUAUUCUUGAAUGGCGGGCUCGUCCUGAUGCAGCUGCCUUGAAGGAUAUAUCGGCUAGUGCGCAGCAGGUGGACAUCCGAUUACAGCAGUUUUGUUACUGGCCAAUGCAGUAUGUCAAGCUUCGGCAGAGGAAAGAUAACUGGGAGAGUGUGACAACCAGCCAUCCAGAUUAUAUCCGCUUUUACAAUUCCCUGUGGCUGGUUGCGAACGACGUGAUCAUCGGUAUUGCUUUGGGAUCGUAUAUCAUCGAUAAUGCACAGUGGGUGGCUGGCCAGAUAGACUAUAUCAUCACAGACUGGACUGUUGAGGGGCUACAAAGAACAAUCUCCUGGCUCAUGGGCUGGCCAGCUGGGUUGAAGUUGAACAAUGAGCUGGCUGCUUUCCUGGGUGAUCUGUUUCUUUGGGUCAUCGAGCACUGGGCAGCAUGCAUUGCCAAUCUGCAACCCUAUCUUCCACAUUUGAUCUAUAUCAUAGGAUGCUCGAGUUUUGCCGGCGCAAGCAUGCCGAUAGCCUUAUUCUCCGAUCUCCUCUCCAUCGUAACCAUCCACAUUUACUCAUUCUACAUCGCAUCAGCCCGCAUAUUCAGCUGGCAGUUGAGCAUCAUAAUGUCACUUUUCCACCUCUUCCGUGGUAAGAAGCGGAAUGUUCUGCGUAAUCGAAUCGACUCUUGCGACUAUGACCUCGAUCAGCUUUUGCUGGGGACGAUACUUUUCACUGUUCUUUUCUUCUUACUGCCGACGGUCAUUGUAUUCUAUCUUGCGUUUGCGUCGGCGCGCAUGUUGAUUAUCUCGCUCAAGGCGGCCUUAGACACUUGUCUUGCGUUUUUGAACCACUUCCCUCUUUUCGCCUUGAUGCUGCGUAUCAAAGACUCGCGACGCUUGCCAGGCGGUAUCCAUUUCGAGCUGCGCGAGGAAACCAUCAAACCAUCAAAAGAGAACUCAGAAACCAAUUCAAUAUCCUACAUUUACCUAGAUUCAAUCCCGCUCUCCCUCCGCGCGAUGUUUGACCAAUACUUCCAACUCGGCCAUCGCCUGCGCAAACACUAUCUCUCACCCAGCGUUAUCCUAUGCCUCGUCUCCGGCCGCUUUGUGCCACCGAUCCAUCGGCGGAAUCUGUAUAGCAUGCAGUACAGCAUGCUGCCGGCGUAUCGCGCCGGUAUGCUGGAAGUCUGGGCGCGGUUGAUGGAGGUCAAGAGUAGUUAUUCGGGGAAUAUGGCGGGUAAUGGGUCAUUGAAUGGGGGGAUUAAAGUGCCGCCAGGGUUUGUGGGUAGUCGGCGGAAUUAUAGAUGAGCGUAGAUAUCUAGGCAGUGGUUAUAUAUAUUUAUAUUUAAUACAUGUAUUAAUGAGAGAUGGAUUCAAGAUGAGAUGAAUGUAGAACUUUCAUUGUUGUCAAAGUUGAUAUGUUCAAUGUUCAAUAUCAAUUGAUGCUGAUAUCAUGC